GGCACCCGCAGCCUCAUAAACGAAGCUUUUCCAGCUCUCACUCAGGCAUUGAGCGCCCCUCUUUGCGUUUUAACAAGACCCAGCCUUCUGCUGUCCCACCCAUCUCGACUUUCCUUUUUGAGGACUCAGUCGACGCUCACACCGUCCGUUUCUGGACGCCCGUUGUGCUACUUCAAGCCAAACGAAGGCCUGAAACUGCCCGGCCGUGACUUGUUGUUGCGAAAGAGCCUGUUUCCUGGCCCCGACAACACGUCCCGUUAUCGAGGACGAACAUUAGGACCCUUGGCCAACAACGAGGGUCUCACAACUAUAUCAAGCCGUCUUUGGGUUACAAUUCGCUGCCGCCGGCAGUGACCGAUCCGCUUUGUGAGCAACUAUCAACUUGCAGCUGCGCACCACCAAAUCCACCGCCAACGCGACAGGGCAAGAAAAUUCUCUUGCAGCGUACAUACAUAAUUUGCCACCGCACGUACACCACAUAGUCUACCGGUUCGUCAAACCUGCAAAUUUCGGCCCUGUCUCCCUGGCUUGGCCGGCCAAAUUUCCAAAUUUUGGAGCUCAAAUAAGGCCGUGACCGUCUGAAGCUCAACUUCGUCCCUAUUAUUUCUUCGUCCUUGGACUCGGACGUCGGUGCAGUUUUGAGCGUACAUACUCUCUUUACUUCUCUUCCCCCCGGCCGACCAAUCACAAGGUGUUCCCAAUGCACCACCAACGCCGAAGGUCCGGCCAUGCCUCUGGCAACACUUCGUUGACGGACGUACGCAAAGCCGCCACAGCGACCGACACUUCAUCCAAGAAGCACUCGUCUCGCCCUUCCAUGUCUAGGAGGGUCACACCCCAGAGCGCCCCGAAGCUCGGCAAAAGCCCUCGCGACCGGGAGAAGGAACUGGACGAGCAACGUUGGUGGGACGAAGAGCGGGAGAGCUUCCCGGAGUAUUGCAUGACUUGCGAAAAGCAGUUCAUUCCUCUAGAUGACCAAUCGCUGUACUGCUCUGAAGACUCAAGCAUCUCCGCCGCGCUGCCGAGCCGCUACACCAGCAGUCACCCGGCCACCCAAUAUCCCUUCUACUCGGGCCCGCCAGAGCCCAGAGACAUUAUUCCCCGCGCCUCGCCGUCGCGCCCGAGCCCGACGCACAUCUCCCAGCCCGUCACCCCCGCAUCUGCUAUGGCAGCGCUCAAGUCGUUGUCCAUCAGGCCGUCGAGUCCCACUUCGCCAGUAGGGACAUACCACCAGGGCAUCUGGCCAUUUGCCCGGAGCACUACUACGGCUACGAGCCCCAGCAGCUCCUACUCGAAGCAGACCACCGGUCUCUUCUCGUCGACCUACGACGGCGCCUACUACAGCGCAGCCGGCGAUUACUACGGGACGAGCUCGGACCGGCCGCUCCCGUCCCGCAGGCCGGCUGCAUACUCGAGACCCAAAAGCAUCGAGCUGGUGACGCCAAUGUUGGGUCGGUAG